AUAUAUCGUGUGUGUCAACCGCUAGAAUUGUAAAUGAUGACAAGUUUCUAAAGAUCGUCAUUACAAAAUGACCGAACCGAACUGAACUACAUGUUACUAGUUCGGUGUGGUUUUUAUAAUUUGGUUUGGUUCCAAAUUUCACGGACCUAAGUAGUGAUUUAGUCAUCGAUUUACUUUUAAACCGAACCAUACUAGCCCCUAACACAACUGGACUUCAUUUCGUCUAUAGAAAGUGACAAGAAAUGCAAUUUUAGUAAGCAAAUUAUUCUGUCCUAAGUUUUGCACCUUCUUUCAGAUGCCAACCUUUCGAGGUCAACUCUUUGUGAUGAUUUGUUUGUAUAGUCUAGUCCCUUUUUAUAUUCUUAUGAACUGUUCACAAUUGAAUCAAGUUGUAUUACUAUUGGAUGUUUUCGUCAACCAAUUACAUUUCAACGAAAGAGCUGAACUUCAAUCACAAGAAACAGCAGCUAAGUUUGUUGAACUUCACGGCAAUAAAUGUUUUAGUUUUCUGCAGAUUAGUUGGACAGUAAUGUGCAAGUAAUGUUUGAGAUUAUCACUAAAUUGUUUUUUUUUUAUUUUGACUUUUUAAGGUUGACACUGUUGUGCCGGCAAAGGUUUUACAAAGCUCCAGUCAUUGUUUAUUUUUUCAGAUAUAUGCUUCCCUUUCAUUGAAGCUUCUUCUAGGUAUUGAAUAAAUAUGCUUCCCUUUCAAUGAAGCUUCUUCUAGGUAUUGAAUAAUCUAGUAGGUGAAACUUGACCAUCAAGAUUUAGAUUAUAGCUAAUUGAACGGGUCAGCUGAGUGACAUGCGUUCGAAUCACAUGAAGUACUUGAACCUCUUGCAGACCAUUGUAGGACCUGUCCCAAUAAUUGGGUAUAACUGUAGGACAAAGGACUCUAUAUGUACCUGAUGACUAGACUAGACAAAGAGCCUCAAAUACCUAAACAAAACAAAAUUAUUAACUAACAUUAGGCUAUAGCUAGUUUCAGUAUAAAAGUUCUAUAAAGUUCAAGAGCCAGCAUACCAUGUACUUGCUCAACUACUGGUCCCAAUUGUCAAUCAUGGCCAUCUCUUUCUACAACAUUCCAACUUCAUUUACAUCUCCAAAUGCUCAUAUUAUUCUCUUCUCCUCCUCUUUUUUCUUCUUUCUUCUUCCCUUGGCAAGUUCAGUUUAUUUCCAGAUACCUCGCUUUGAUCCUGAUGCAACCAACAUAGUCUAUGAAGGAGAUGCAGUACCUUCUGUUGGAGCCAUUGAAUUCAACAAAAUCAAUUAUCUCUGUCGUGUUGGCUGGGCCACCUAUGCAGAGAGUGUGCGGCUCUGGGACUCCAACACUGGAAAGGUCUCUGACUUCACCACCCAUUUCUCCUUCAUCAUCAAUACCCAAGGGCUUAGCAACUAUGGUCACGGGAUUGCAUUCUUCCUUGCUCCUGUUGAUUUCCAUAUCCCACCAAACUCGGCAGGUGGCUUCCUAGGACUGUUCAAUACCACAACUAGUGAUUCAUCCCGGAACCAAAUAGUUGUGGUCGAGUUCGAUUCCUUUCCAAAUCCUGAAUGGGAUCCUUCAUAUGAGCAUGUUGGGAUCAAUAACAAUUCCAUUGCAUCGGCCAUUACCACCCCUUGGAAUGCUAGCUUGCAUAGUGGAGAUAAAGCCGAUGCUUGGAUUACUUACAAUGCCACUACUAAGAAUUUGAGUGUGUUCUGGUCCUAUCAGGUAAACCCUAAUUUUCAAGGGAAUUCAAGUCUUUCUUAUCAAAUUGACCUAAAGGAGGUUCUACCAGAGUGGGUCAAGGUUGGAUUUGCAGCUGCUACCGGUCAGAACGUAGAGCGUCACAUGCUUGAAUCAUGGGAGUUUAGGUCAAGUUUGGAUACAAAAGACACAAGCACAAAGAAGGGGAAAAAGAUUGGAUUAAUAGUAGGCCUAACAGUUUCAGUGGGUGUUUUGAUUUUGGGGGGGAUCAUAACAUCUAUAAUUUUGUGGAAAAGGAGACAUAAUAGAAGGGAAACAGCGGAGUCGACUAACUUGACAUCGAUCAAUGAUGAUCUUGAAAGAGGUGCUGGACCAAGAAGGUUCUCUUACAUAGAUCUUGUUUCGGCUACUAACAACUUCUCUGGCCAAAGAAAAUUGGGAGAAGGAGGAUUUGGUUGCGUUUACAAGGGGUACUUUAGUGAUUUAGAUAUGACUGUAGCUGUGAAGAAAAUCUCAAGAGGGUCUAAACAAGGGAAAAAGGAGUACAUAACUGAGGUGAAGAUUAUCAGCCAAUUGAGACACCGGAAUUUGGUGCAGCUCAUGGGUUGGUGCCAUGACAAAGGUGAGUUUCUUCUUGUCUAUGAGUUUAUGUCAAAUGGAAGCCUUGACGCUCACCUCUUUGGCAAGAAGAGUCCUCUCACUUGGGCCUUGAGACACAAGAUAGCUCUUGGUUUGGCCUCUGCAUUGCUCUAUCUACAUGAGGAAUGGGAGCAAUGUGUGGUCCAUCGGGAUAUCAAGUCGAGCAAUAUAAUGCUAGAUUCAAACUUCAAUGUCAAGCUUGGAGACUUUGGCUUAGCUCGUCUUAUGGACCAUGAAUUAGGCCCCCAAACAACCGGUUUGGCUGGAACUUUAGGCUACUUGGCACCAGAAUACAUAAGUACAGGCAAGGCAAGUAAAGAGACCGAUGUUUUUAGCUUUGGGGUGGUUAUAUUAGAAAUUGCUGCUGGGAGAAAAUCGGUAGAUACCAGAGAUGAAGAGUCUCAGACUGGGUUAGUGGAGUGGAUUUGGGAGCUCUAUGGAAGAGGGCAACUUCUUUCAGCUGUAGAUGAGAAGAUUAAUAUGAAUUUUGAGGUGAAGCAGGCAGAGUGUUUGAUGAUUGUUGGCCUGUGGUGUGCUCAUCCUGACCAAAGUCUGAGGCCAUCAAUAAGGCAAGCUAUUCAAGUGCUUCAUUUUGAGGCAGCAAUGCCAAAUCUUCCAAUCAAGAUGCCAGUUCCCAUGUAUAACCUACCUAGUACAUCAACAAUUAGUACUGGUGGUGCCUCGAUAACCUACACAAGCUUUGAGAUGGGUCGUUGAACCUUAGUUACACAAAGUGGGGCCGGGGGCUGUAGUGAAAGUGGGAGCGGGGAGGGAGGAGCGAGGGAAAAUAGAAGUUUCUUAUGUUGGGAGCAGCUAUGGGAGCGUGUAUAUAUUUAUUUAUUAAAUAUAUAAAGAUAUUCUAACAAUUAUUUUAUGUUGCUUAGUUGUAGUAUAUGUAUUAACAUAUAAAGAUAUAUUAGAGAUUUAUGUCAAUUACAAAUUGUCUUUGUUAAGUAUAAAUAAAUAUUAUAUAAAUAGAAACUAUUAGAAUAAGCUUAAAUUGUUUUUCUUUUAUUUCUAUGAAAUUUGUAAGUUUGUGAGAUUUCUAUCUCAAUUGAGAGAGAGUUUCCUUAUUGACGGGAGCGAGUUUCUUACUUGGGAGCACAGAAUCGCAUUUCUUAGUACGAAACACCACUCGAAUAGAAGGUUCCUGCUACUAAGCGUUCACCAAAGUUUGCCUCUGUACAGACAGUAUCUCUCUUAGAACUUUAUUUGUUAAUACUCUUUAUCAUACUUUGCAUGCAAGAAAUGGAAAUAAACCAGUGUCAUUAAAGGCGCGCCUAGGCGUGCGCCUAGGCCCAAGUCUCAUCUCGGCCCAAGGUUUGCACCUUGUAGUGUUCCAAGCCAAGCAACUUCGAUAAGACUUGCCUAGGCGUGUGCCUAGGUCUAAGUCCCGUCCAAGCCCAAGGUUUGCACCUUGUAGUUAGGGGUGUUCAAAAAAUCGAAUCACCCAAUGAAACC